AUGAUGGACUAUUCACUUCAACAACUGUUCCAAGAUGUUAGGAAUGGGAAUUACGAAGUACUGUCUGCGAAUUUGAACCAAAACGGCCACAGAAUAGCUGCUUUACAGAGAGAGUUACAUGCAGAUAGCCGAUUAGUGGAUGAUAAGUCUUUAAAAGUUUCCAUUGAGUCUCAAAACUUUCAAUUUUCUGGCAAAAGCUGGACAAGAUUCACUAUGAUGCUAGUGUCAUUUCUACAGUAUUGCAGGGACGUAAAUCCUUGGUCCACUUGGGAAAGUUGUGAUCUCAUCUUCAAGUUUUACCAAGAUCUGAGCAAUUGCCUCCUGAAUGACAACUACCCCACUGACUGCUUGGUUCCAUUGUUCAUGGAGAUGACGGAAUAUGUGGUUCCAAUUUCCAUAGAGCUCGAUGUAAAUUACAUGGCGUUGAAAACGGACAAAAACCAGUUCGUAUCACAUACAUCCUCAAUCAUUUCGAAAGUGUUCAACAGUGUGAAACCAUCAAGAUCAGCAGAUGAUGAUGACCAAGAACGGCCCACAAGUAGUCUGCCGGAGAAACAACGCAUUUUAUUAUACCUCGUGAAUAAGUUAGUGAACUUGUACUUUAGGAUACAAGCACCCCAACUGUGUUCGAAUAUUUUCAAGAACUUUAAGCCCAAAAGUAUGGCUUCUUCCUUCAGGACAUACCCUAUCAAACAGCAGAUCGAAUACCGUUAUCUUUUGGGAAGGUAUUACCUGCUGAACCAUAGAGUCACCAAUGCAUUUGUGCAACUGAGCACUGCAUUCAACGAGCUGGUAUCAAUAACAUCAACCACUGAUGCCCCACAAGUAGGAAGGAACUUAUCUCGAAUACUACGAUAUUUAGUGCCCGCAGGGCUGAUAAUGGGUAAGAUUCCGCGAUUUGAUUUCAUAAGUGUAAUGGACAGUGAACUUUCUUCCAAGUAUUCGGUUCUAUACCAAUGCAUACGAAGCGGAAAAAUCAGUGGUCUAAACCAUUGGCUAAAAAACCAUGAAAGGCAACUCUGUGAGGAGCAUUUAUUGCUACUUCUACUCGAGAAACUGCCCAUGAUCUGCUAUCGGAACUUGGUCAAGACAGUGUUACUGAAUUUUGUAAUACCACAGAACACAGGAAAACUACCCUACGCUACGUUAGAGACCGCAAUGAAAUUGUCAAUUGGCGACACACAUAUUAAAGGCAUUGAUAUCUACUCAUCAAUUCAUUCCCCAGCCAAUGUCGAGAACGUCCUAGUAACACUGAUCAACUUAGGCCUUCUACGAGGUAAUUGUUUCCCAGAACUCAGCCUGUGUGUGGUCAAGAAAACCCAGGUAAUAUGCGACAUACUCCCACUGGUCCAAGACAGAAUUGUGGCCAAUUUUCCGCUGAAUCCAGAAGAUUCUUGGCUAGAUGACUAA